GAGAGUUUACCUUCACGCUACAAAGUACCUCCAUCUGUGGCAAUCACUCGUUAUCAAGCAAACGCACACUAUCACAAAUCUGUCCAUACAAUUUCUGCGUUGUGUCGCGCACCGUGCAGUUUGCAUUAAAAUCACAAUUGAAAUAAAAGUUUUGAUUUUUAAUUAAGAUUAAAAUUUGUACACUCUGCUGAAGUUCUGUAAAUCAAGCUAGUUAAAUUCGAUUUAACGCCAUAGGAAAAGUGUGUCCAUGGCAGAUAAGGCCUUAGGUAAACUUAUUAAUUUUAUAGGAUGUCGAUGAAGUAUUCAUUUUCCGUGUAAAGCGACCGAUACCUUAAACAAAACAAAAACCAUGGAUUGCAGUUUGAACAAAACUAUAGAAAACGAUUCUGAGAAAAACAUACACAAAAUACACUGCAAGUUCGACUGUAAUAUAUGUCAAAGAAGGUUUACAACCAAAAGUAAUAUAAUCCGGCAUAUUGCGAAAUCGCAUUUUAUUUCUUUGCCUCCUAAAUUGCAAGACCGUUUACCUCCACGCUACAAAGUACCUCCAUAUGUGGCAAUCACUUGUUAUCACACAAACACACACUAUCUGUCCAUAUAAUUUCUGCGUUGUCAUUCAGUUUUCAUUGGAAUCACAUCUAAUGUGAUGAUUGUUGGUACCACUACCCACCGUACCCCCACCUGCGCCGGGAGAAGCGUAAGGACGAUGCCGCAGCCAUUUUUGGUCCGCCAUUCGAUAAUCUCACACGACUUCGUCUACACGCUUGGCGUCUUUUUUCCAAGCAGACAUUCUGUUAAUAACUUUGUGCUGUACACGUUAGGUAAAUAUACAAGCUGUUAUAUUUAAAUAAAUAAAACUGCCAAUUUGUUUGCAGUAUUGGUGCCACGGGUCCGAUUCGUGAACAUCUCUAGAUUUCAAUCAUAAUAACUUGGUCGAAUUCUGCGAUAAAUACCUUAAGUAUUGCGUCGUGUUUCGUUAUUUCGUUACAAUUGUGUUUUGUCUUGCAUGUCAAUAAUUUAUUAUAAGUUUUUAUAAGCUGCUCUGGAAGGCGGUUUACGGUUCUACAUUGUAGUUUUGAAACGGUAAAAUAUGUUGAAUAUUAAACCUGAAAAUGACGAUGCAGAAGAAUACUCCGUUGAACCAAAACCGUUUGAUGUGCUGUUCAAAAACAAUGAAAUAUCUAUAGUAGAGGAUUAUUUGGUUAAGAAUGAAGUAGAUGAUACUUAUGAAGUUUUAAAGCGGUUUAAUAUAUUGAAAAUUAAACCUGAAAACGAUGAAACAAAAGAAGAGUUGUUGGAAAAAUCGUUUGAAGUCAAUGAAAACAAACCGUUCGAUAUGCAGUUCUUAAACAAUGAAAUUUCUACAACAAAUAAGUGUUUAGUAAAGAAGGAAGUCGAUAAUAAUUAUGAUAUUCAUUUUUCGUGUAAAACACAGUCCAAUUGCGACCAAUCUUACAUCAAAAUUCAUAAAAGGAUACAUACCGGCGAGAAGCCCUUUAAAUGCAAUAUUUGUGAAAAAAAAUUUGGUCAAAUAUCUCACCUCAAAACUCAUGAACGCAUACACACCGCCGAGAAACCUUUUAAGUGCGAUGUCUGUAAAAAAACAUUCAGUCAUCAAUCUGCUCUCAAGAGACAUGCACGUAUUCAUACCGGCGAGAAACCGUUUAAAUGCGAUGUCUGUGAAAAAACAUUCAGUCAUCAAUCUGCUCUCAAGAGACAUGCACGUAUUCAUACCGGCGAGAAACCGUUUAAAUGCAUUGUCUGUGAAAAAACAUUCAGUCAACAAACUCAUCUCAAGAACCAUGCACGUAUUCAUACCGAAGAGAAACCCUUUAAAUGCGAUGUCUGUGAAAAAUGUUUUAAUAUACAAUCGAACCUCAAAGUUCAUGAAAAAACACAUUCCGGGGAGAAACCUUAUAAAUGCGUUGUCUGUGAAAAAACAUUCGGUCAACAAUCUGAUCUCAAGAAACAUGCACGUAUACAUACCGGCGAGAAACCAUUUAAAUGCGAUGUCUGUGAAAAAACAUUCAGUUUAAAGUCCUAUCUCAUAAUUCAUGAACGCAUACAUAUUGGUGGGGUACGAUACAAAUGCUCAGCCUGUGACAAAUCAUAUGGUCGCCAAGAUACUCUCAAAAGGCAUCAAGCAAAAGCACACGGCUCAUAGUUUCAUAAACCUUACGUGACUAUUUGGCAGUUUUUCAAAAUCGAUUUGUUAUUAUUUUGCAAUUUUUUUUACUUACGAUUUAUUUCAGAUUUAGUAUACUUUUAUUAGUUUUCUUAUAAUAUUUAAUUUAUUACUAUCGGUUAACAGAUCAAUAACAUAAGUAUUAGUUUUUAAUUUAUUUUUUCGACGGAUCACAUGAAUUAUUUAGUAUUUAUAUUUUUAUAAUGUAUUUUUUAAUUUUCAUAAUCUACACACACAA